UCUACUUAUUGUAUUCAUUUCUGUAGCUUCACCAGUCCGAGAGUGAGAGUCAAUCUUGAGAUGAUCUUUCAUUUCUAGAUUCAACGUAGGCCUACUGUACACUGGAUUAUGCACUCGAUAGCUCUCCUUUUGAUUAUAUUCACCGCGGCCGUGUCAUCAUUACGAUGCCCGACUAACUGGAAGCUAUACGAGACCGACUGUUAUAAUUACUCGCCAACAGUAGCGAAAAAAUUCUGGGACGCUUCUGCACAUUGUCAAGGACACCAGUUUGUCGCCAAUGAUGGUGUUGAGCACACCGCCGAAUUGGUAUCAAUUCACAGUGAUACAGAAAAUACGUUUGUGAACUCCUUUUCGCCUUCAAAGACAUUCUUCAUUGGACUGUAUCGUGAAAACAAAGACGCUGAUUGGAAAUGGGUAGAUAAUACCACGGUUGACUAUUUGGGCUGGGGACCCGGUCAGCCGGAUUCACCUAGUCAAAAUUUGGCUGUCAUAUGGAACGAUGCUACACCGACUCUAUGGGACAAUCAGUCGGACCAUCCACUCACUUUCGUCUGUAAGGUUCCCGCAGCAAAAUGUCUGCAAACUGUUGGCGAAGUGUUCUGCAGCGUUGACGGAGAUUGCAAGAAUGGAGGAACUUGCAACACAGAUGGAUCGUGUACAUGUCCGGCCGGCUUCUCUUGUAUUGACUGUUCUCUCUCUGAUGUAAGUUGUGUUGAAGGCUUAGGUAUGGAAUCUGGUGCUAUCCCAUCAGCUAGCAUUCAGGCUUCCAGCGAAUACGAUAAACAACAUGGACCCCGUCGCGCUAGAUUGAAUCUCGUACCGGACAGCGAUGGUAUUGGUGCAUGGUCUGCCAAGACCAAUGAUCUUAAUCAAUGGAUCCAGGUUGAUCUAGGUAAAGUAAUGCUAGUAUCAGGUGUGGUGACCCAAGGACGUAAUGGAUAUUCUCCUGGACAAUGGGUGAAGUCAUAUAAGGUUUCGUACAGUAUGGAUGCCACCAACUGGGAAACAAUUUUGGGUACUACAGGCGUGCCAAUGGAAUUUGUUGGCAAUUCAGAUACGGACACCGCUGUCACCAGGUUGUUUCCCGAUGGAGUGCACGCUCGUUUUGUUCGAAUCCACCCUCUUACUUGGUAUGGACACAUAAGCUUGAGAUUUGAAGUGUUAGGUUGCCCAGAUGCAUGCAGUAGUACUCCCUGUCAGAACUCAGGAACGUGUCUUGCAACAACUGUUGACCCAUUCUACUUAUGCUCCUGUGCAUGGCCGUGGACGAACGCAACGUGUGAAGAAUAUAACGGUUGCUUGAGCAAUCCGUGUCUGAACGGUGGAACCUGUAACGAUGAUAAUGAUCCUUUUAUGUGCGAAUGUCCUGAAUGGUAUUCUGGGACUUUUUGUCAAAUACACGACGUUUGCCAAAACAAUCCGUGUAUGUCCGGUGGAACUUGCGUAAAUAACAAAGAUGACAUAGCCUAUUCUUGUGACUGUCCUACCGGCUUUUCUGGAGACAAAUGCGAAAUAAUUACAGAUGCCUGUAGUAGUACUCCCUGUCAGAACGCAGGAACGUGUCUUGCAACAACUGUUGACCCAUUCUAUAUAUGCUCCUGCGCAUGGCCGUGGACGGACGCAACAUGUGAACACUAUGACGCUUGCGUGAGCAAUCCUUGUCUGAAUGGUGGAACCUGUAACGAUGAUAAUGAUCCUUUUGUGUGCGAAUGUCCUGAAUGGUAUUCUGGGAUUUUUUGUCAAAUACACGACGUUUGUCAAAACAAUCCAUGUACGUCCGGCGGAACGUGCGUAAAUAACGAAGAUGACAUGGCCUAUUCUUGUGACUGUCCUACCGGCUUUUUAGGAGACAAAUGCGAAAUAAUUUCAGAUGCAUGCAAUAGUACUCCCUGUCAGAACGCAGGAACGUGUCUUGCAACAACUGUUGACCCAUUCUAUAUAUGCUCCUGUGCAUGGCCUUGGACAGAUGCAACAUGUGAACAUUAUGACGCUUGCGUGAGCAAUCCGUGUCUGAAUGGUGGAACCUGUAACGAUGAUAAUGAUCCUUUUGUGUGCGAAUGUCUUGAAUGGUAUUCUGGGACUUUUUGUCAAAUACACGACGGCUGCCAAAACAAUCCUUGUGUGUCUGGCGGAACUUGUGUAAAUAACAAAGAUGAAAUGGCCUAUUCUUGUGUCUGUCCAACCGGCUUUUCUGGAGUCAAAUGCGAAAUAAUUACAGAUGCAUGCAGUAGUUCUCCCUGCAAGAACUCUGGAACGUGUUUUGCAACAACUGUUAAUCCAUUCUAUGCAUGCUCCUGCGCAUGGCCGUGGACGGAUGCAACGUGUGAACAUUAUGACGGUUGCUUGAGCAAUCCGUGCCUGAACGGUGGAACCUGCAACGAUGAUAAUGCACCUUUUGUGUGCGAAUGUCCUGAUGGGUUUUCUGGAACUUCUUGUCAAAUAAACGACGAACCGGUACCUUGUAAUUUGCCUACACAGGAUCCUGUCGUCGUUGGUGCCAAUUCUAUUAACCUGCAAGAUGCUUGUGGGAGUGGUCCUUGCGGAAAAGGGACUUGUUUUUCCAUCAUAGAUCCACCACACUACCUAUGCCAGUGUCAGGCACCCUAUUACGGAAGCCAGUGCGAUGUGUAUGACGGAUGUCUCAAUCAUCCCUGUAUGAAUGGCGGUAUAUGUAUCAAUAAUAAAGAGGAAGAAGUGUUUGAGUGUUUGUGUCCUGAUGAGUACACAGGUACCGUUUGUAACCUGCAAAAAUAUACAGGCGAUGAUUCGGAUGUCGAGGACCAAUUCGUGGUUGCAUACGUCUUAGUUCCUAUGAUUCUAUUUAUAAUAAUCCUUGUUGUGGUUCUUCUGGCUAUAUUCAUCAUGUACCGACGUAGACGGCGUACUGAGGAAGUAACCAAGCCUUCAUCUAUAUAGUUAAACGUAUGUUAUAUCUGUAGGCCUACCCCUUUAACAGUGCACAUCUGUAUGCUGGUACAAUUCCAUUAUAUUAAGUCAUCGUCACAAUCGCCCCCACUGCCAGUAUGUCAAUAUCACCGUCAUCAUCGUCGUCAUUGUCAUCAUGAUCAGCAUUAUCACCAUUACCCUCCCUCUCACCUCACCCUCACCAUACAUAUCAUCAUGACCAUUCUAUCUAAUAGAGGCCUACUUUACCUGUGCAUUCGAUCAAAUAUACCUUACCGAAUAUUUGGUAGUUGCUCUGAUCGUAUUAAGCAUCAGAUCUUAUUGUGUAAACUAACAAGUAUUGUUCAAACUGUUGGUGCAAUCUUAUAGUUAAGACAAUAAACUCACUUAGAGUUUGUUAUAAUAAUGUGUUAGGUAAGCUUAGGAAAUCUUAAGAGUUUUAGUACCAGUAUUUGUAUUUGCUGGGCUACCAUCGUUUUAUGAAGAAAAUUUCUUUCUCAAUUUCAAUUACGUCUUUACGUCAAUUACGUCUUAAUAGUUCUCGACUUAUGUUGAUAUCAUAUAUUAUCUUUAAUCUUCUAAAUCAUCAAUAUUAUAUGCAAAAAAAA